CCUGACUCUGGCUGCCUGGAGAGGCGCGGCCCCCCGGGGCCUGAACCAGCCUCAGUGCCCUGCUCUUCCCCUGGGAGCCGCUUGUCUCCCUGCACCCGCAUCCACCAGGUGUCCUGAGAGCCACGCAGUCCCCUCCCGGUUCACAGAGAAGUGUGAAGUCAAGGCAGGAGCAGCCAGGUUCCCUUCCACUAAGGUCCCUCUCACAGGCUGUGAGGCUGGGCAUGUGGACAGACCCUCCGUGGGCCGCCACCCACACACCACAGCUGGCCUUCGGAGACUUCCAUCAUCCAUCAUCCUUCCAUCAUCUGUCAUCCAUCCAUCAUUCAUCCAUCCUCCAUCCAUCAUCCAUCCAUCAUCCAUCAUCAAUCCAUCCAUCCAUCCAUCAUCCAUCAUCCAUUCAUAAUCCAUCAUCCAUCAUUCAUCCAUCCUCCAUCCAUCCAUCGUCCAUCAUCCAUUCAUAAUCCAUCAUCCAUCAUCCAUCAUUCAUCCAUCCUCCAUCCAUCCAUCAUCCAUCAUCCAUUCAUAAUCCAUCAUCCAUCAUCCAUCAUUCAUCCAUCCUCCAUCUAUCCAUCAUCCAUCAUCCAUCAUUCAUCCAUCCUCCAUCCAUCCAUCAUCCAUCAUCCAUUCAUAAUCCAUCAUCCAUCAUCCAUCAUUCAUCCAUCCUCCAUCCAUCCAUCGUCCAUCAUCCAUCCAUCAUUCAUCAUCCAUCAUCCAUCAUCAAUCCAUCCAUCCGUCCAUCAUCCAUCCACACAUCGUCUAUCAUCCAUCCAAUGAAGAUCCUGCAUGCUGCAGUGAAGAUCCUGCAUGCCGCAACUAAAGAAAAAAAGAUCCCACAUGCUGCAACUAAAAGAUCCUGUGUGCCGCGACUAAGACCCGGAGCAGCCAAAUAAUACAUGGGCUGCAUCGAAGUCCUCCGCUCAAUGCGCUCCCUGGACUUCAGCACUCGCACCCAGGUCACCAGGGAAGCCAUCAACCGGCUCCAUGAGGCCGUGCCUGGCAUCCGGGGCUCCUGGAAGAAGAAGGCCCCCAACAAGGCACUGGCCUCCAUCCUGGGCAAGAGCAACCUGCGCUUCGCGGGCAUGAGCGUCGCUGUCAGCAUCUCCAUCGACGGCCUCAACCUCUCCGUUCCCGCCACGCGCCAGAUCAUCGCCAACCACCACAUGCAGUCCAUCUCCUUUGCGUCGGGUGGUGACACGGACAUGGCGGAUUAUGUGGCCUACGUGGCCAAGGACCCCAUCAACCAGAGAGCCUGCCACAUCCUGGAGUGCUGCGAGGGCCUCGCCCAGAGCGUCAUCAGCACCGUGGGCCAAGCCUUCGAGCUGCGCUUCAAACAGUACCUGCACAGCCCCCCCAGGGUUGUCGUCCCCCCGGGAAGGCUGACCGGGCCGGAGGAUUCGGCCUGGGGGGACGAGGACGAGACAGAACACAACUACUACAACCGCACUCCCGGGAAGGAGCCACCCCUGGGCGGGCUGGUGGACUCCAGGCUCACCCCCGCGCAGCAGCCCUGUGCCCUCGGGGCCCUUGGCCAGGGAGCAUCUCCUGCUCGAAGAGACGCCCGAGGCCCGCAGUGGGACGUGGGCCCCUCAGCCCCGCCCGGGGAUGGCUACGUGCAGGCAGACGCCCGGGGCCCGCGAGACUACGAGGACCACCUGUACGUCAACACGCAGGGUCUGGACGGCCCGGAGCCCCUGCAGCCUGAGGACAGCCCCAAGAAGGACCUGUUCGACAUGAGACCCUUCGAGGAUGCCCUGAGGCUGCACGAGUGCUCCGUGGCCGCGGGUCCGGCGGCAGCCCCCCUUCCCGUGGAGGACCAGUGGCCCAGCCCGCCGACCCGCCGGGCCCCCAUCGCCCCCACGGAGGAGCAGCUGCGGCAGGAGCCCUGGUACCACGGCCAGAUGAGCCGUCGGGCGGCGGAGAAACUGCUUCGAGUGGACGGGGACUUCCUCGUGCGGGACAGCGUCACCAACCCCGGGCAGUACGUCCUCACCGGCAUGCACGCAGGGCAGCCCAAGCACCUGCUGCUCGUGGACCCCGAAGGCGUGGUGCGGACGAAGGACGUGCUCUUCGAGAGCAUCAGCCACCUGAUCGACUACCACCUGCAGAACGGGCAGCCCAUCGUGGCCGCCGAGAGCGAGCUCCACCUGCGUGGUGUCGUCAAGCGGGAACCCUGAGCUAGGUUGUGGUUCUCAGCCUGUGGCUCCUGUCCCCGCUCCCCCCGGAUGGCCCUGUUGUGGCCUAAGGGGCCCUCAGCCUUUCUCUGGACCCUGGUCGGGCCGGAAUCGCCGCUGUCUCUCCUUCCUCCGCGUGGGUCUCUGGAAUCUUCCUUCUCCAGCUGGCCCUGGGCUGGGCUGGGUCAACCCCGCCAGGAGACGGGGCCCACGACCCCUUUCUCCCACCGAGCCCUCUGCCUGCCGCCAGCCUUCACCUGGAGUGAGGGCACACAUACCAAAGACAGAGCCUUUUCUCGCCUUUAAAGAAAAUAUAUCAAAAAGCAGCCAUCUAUCUCGGAGCCCUGGCCCAGGUUCCUGAUGGGGCAAGGAGGCACCGUUUCCUUUCCUGGCUGGACGUCAGCUCACCUCCCUGGAACCAGCGGGUCCCCAGUUCCCUGGCAUGGAGAUGGAUUGCUGUCCUGGCCGGGCUCAGAUUUUCCACCUGAAAAAUUAGUGCACAGUUGUCUUUUGGGGGGAGAAUCGAGGUGCUUUGGGCCCUCAGGCCAGGGCAAAUGCUGAUGUUGAAGUGGGGGGCAGCCUUGGGAUGAUGGGGGGUAUCCAGGCAACCCCAAGACAACUGACCCUGGUGGGGGUGGUUGUGAGGCCCCCGCCCUCCCAGCUGUCAACCUGCACUGGACACUUGGACUCUGUUUGUAAUUAAACCUGGGAAUGACCA